AUGUCGCCUCCAGCAGCAGAUCGGCGUAUCCAUAACAACGGCCAGGCCUCCCCGGUGCGUCAGCCAAGCAGCCAGGGCAGCCCCACAGCAACCAAGCUGACUGACACACUGACUCCGCCCCCUGAGAGACGAGCACUGGUCAAUGGCCACGCUUCGCCUGUGAGGCUUCUGACCAAUGGCAACGGCCACUCUGCUAGACUGGGUAACAGAACUGUAACGGAGGGCUACCUGAAGACAGACGACCGCAUGAGGAUGGCCAGAGAGAGACGAGAGGAACGGGAGAGAGGCCUGGCUGCAAGAGAGGAGGCCCUGAGGGAGAAGGAGAGGAGGGCGCGCCUCCUCUACGAGAAGCAGCUGGAGGAGAGGUGCAGGAAGCUGGAGGAGCAGCGCAGGAAGGAGGAGGAGAGGAGAGCCGCAGUGGAGGAGAAGAGGAGGCAGCAGCUGGAGGAGGAUCAGGAGCGCCUGGAGGCUUUACUGAGGCGAUCACUGGAGAGGAGCCUACAGCUGGAACAUCAGCAGAGACACCGGCAACGCUGGGGUGACCCUGAGAAUGCCCCACCCCCUUUGCUUGCUGGCUCCUCCCUCCCAGCUGCAUCUGGUGACACAGGCAACGCUCCUGCUAGCCCUCACCGCUCUCCCUAUCGGGGGUCUCCCAGGCGACGCCCACCUCUCCCUCAGCCAACCACGGGUGACGAGAGCCCAGCGCUUACGGCGCCCAACACCCCCAAGCGGGAGCGGCUGAGGAUGGAUCGGAGGGGGGGCUCCCCUGUGACCGGCUCCCCCAUCAGACGCCCCGAGUCUCCUGCUCUGGCUCGCCGCUCUGCCUCUCCAGCUACGCCCAAGUUGACCCCUAAACAUCACAACUAUCCAUCUUCACCGAUGAGGCAGCGUCCUAUCGCACCUGCAAAUGAGCCAUCGUCUCCGAUGAGGCAACGUCCAAUAGCAACUGUAACCGAGCCAUCUUCUCCGAUGAGGCAACGUCCAAUUGCACCUGCAAAUGAGCCAUCUUCUCCGAUGCGACAGCGUCCAAUAGCAACUGUAACCGAGCCAUCUUCUCCGAUGAGGCAACGUCCAAUUGCACCUGCAAAUGAGCCAUCUUCUCCGAUGCGACAGCGUCCAAUAGCAACUGUAACCGAGCCAUCUUCUCCGAUGAGGCAACGUCCAAAUGCACCUGUCACCAAUGGCGGCCAGAGAAGUGAUUCCUUGGCAACCAAAAGCAGUGUAGAGAAGGCGGGAAUGAAUCCAGCCUCAGCCAAUCAGACACCAAACGGUCAUUCACCUGUAACUGCGGUGGGGAAAGAGAUGUCUGGAAGGACCAAUGAGGAGGCCAGCCGUCUGCUUGCGGAACGGCGACGCCUGGAGAGACUAAAGGCUGACGAGGAGAGGAAGAACAGAGAGGAGGAGAGGAAGAACAGAGAGGAGGAGGAGAGGAAGAGUAGAGAUGAAGAGGAGAAACAACAGAAAGAAAAAGAGGCUCAGGCAGAGAUGGAGAGAAAGGACGAAUUACAGAAGGAGGAAGAAAGACACAAAUUGGAGGAGCAGGAAAGACAGCAGAGGAAGAAGGAAAGACAGCAGAGGAAGAAGAGAAUUGAGGAGAUUAUGAAACGUACCCGCAAAGACAGUGACAACAAGGUGAACGAUACUGGGUCAGAGACAAAGGAGGCCAAUUCAACUCCACCAAUGACAAACGGCAUCCAAACCAAGCAGGAAAUGACGUCAGAGGUCAGCAGAAGCCCAACCAGAGCCUCCCCCACCCUCAAUGGCCCCGCAGGCACAACUCAGGUCAGUGAAUGCAAUCCAAAGACCAACAGCUCGUCCCCACUGACCAGUGGGAGCAUUAAAUCAGCAGUCCCUCCACCGAAGACCAAGGACAGCCCUGUCAAGGACAGCCCAGUCACAACACAGACCACUCCCACAAACAACAAGGACAGCCCUGUUACAUCACAGGUCCCUCCCACACAUAGCAAGGACAGCCCAAUCACAUCAUUGGCCCCUUCCCUGAAGGACAUGCCUGUCACAACACAGACCCCUCCCAUGAAUAACAAGGACAGCCCCGUCAAAACACAGACCCCUCCCACAAAUGGUAAGGACAGCCCCGUCAAAACACAGACCCAUCCCACAAAUAUUAAGGACAGCCCCGUCAAAACACAGACCCCUCCCACAAAUAGUAAGGACAGCCCCGUCAAAACACAGACCCCUCCCACAAAUAGUAAGGACAGCUCCAUCACAUCACAGGCCCCUCCCGUAACAAAGAAAAGUCCUGUCACAUCUCAGGCCCCGCCUCUAAAAAAGGACAGCUCUGUGACAUCACAGACCCCGUCCCUAACGAAUGGACAGACUGAGGUUGACCAGGCUACUGUUUCAACAACCCCUACGGUUACAGUAACGGCAAGUAAAACUACACUCGUUGCCGUGGCAAACAAGUUGGUUAGCAAAGAGAAUGGGGUGGGGCCAAAGCCACAACAACCCAGUAUCCGGCUGGACGGAGUAGAAGGCGUCCCUAAAGAGGAGCCCCAGUCCAUGGAUGUGAGCCCCGUCUCUAAGGAUGACCUCGUGUCCAUCCCAGAGUUCUCUCCUCUGCAGGAAGAGGCGGGACUAACCCACACCAACACUUCCUGUCCAAGCUCCUCCUCCCCUACCAGAGCCUUUCUUGAUCUCCUGGACCUCACCGGACAUGUGGCAUAUCCAUGCCCUGUUACCACAGCAACCGUUACUGUGUCCAGCUCCUCUACUGUGUCCAUGGUGAACAAUCAGCCUGGUGACUGUAACCGGAAUCUUGUGACGUCCGCUGUGACAUUGUCGUGUUCUACCAGUGACCAGAAGCAUCAGAAUCAAUCUCGGCCAAUCCCGUCGCCGAUAAAACCCACAACCACGCCUCUGCCUGCUGUUGCCAUAAGAGACGGGGGAACUACAGCGUUACAAGGCAGAGGCAAAGUGGAUGCUUGAAGAACUAUGCAGUGUCUUGAUGACCACUCCAGUGUGUGCGCGAUUGUGUGUGUUUGGUAUAGCUGAGGGAGCGUGUGUGAGUGUGUGUGUGUGUGUGUCUGUGAGAGAGAGAGAGAGAGAGAGAGAGAGUGUGUGUGUGUGUGUGAGAGAGAGAGAGAAUGUUUGUGUGUGAGAAAAGGAACUGUAUCUGAGUGUUGAGGGACCUCUAGGUGCAGUUGGGACAAAAAUGCAGGAUAUUUUUGUUCUCCUUUUCCCUCUGAGUCUAGUUUCGCUGAAUGUACUGUAGUCCCAUUGACUUUCCCUCCGAAGAAAUUGCUCGUCAUUUGCCUUCAACUUACCCUGCAAUGUGUUAGUUUUUAGGACCUCACAAUUUAUUAUCCAACAAAAUAAUGAAUGACCAUCCACAUGCGAAUGUAAGGGAAAGAAAGCCUGAUUGCUUAAGUUACUUUUAUACAGAUCAGACCAUGUAUACUGUCCUGUAAUGUCUACUCAAAAAAGGAUCUGCAGUCGAGUUUCACAGUGAUGCCUUCUGCCUUCUGUAGAUAUUUCCGUCAUAGACUAAUUUAAAUUGAUCGCUAGUUAUUCUAAUAGUGACUUCUAUGGCAACACAGUGCUCAAAAUGUGAAAGAAUAUUACAGUAUUGAAAAUAAAGAUGAACAGACUCCUACAAUCCUACAAUCUCCAUUUAGAAUGCUCUAAAUACUCUUAGAAU